AUGGAUGAGCUGCAUAAGUUGGGACCAACCAAGCCUGAUACGUUUGCGAGGAAGCCAAUUCGGGAUGCGUUCGAUAAAAAUUCAAUAUUACACUGCAAGCGGAGGGUCUGGUUGAGCCUUUUGUUACUUAUUAUACGGGAACCGAAGCUGAUCCUAACGACGAUGGAAUGAUAUAGUCCAAGAAGCCUACGAAAGAUACUUAUUGCCAACAGUCCACAAGUGGCAUGGUCACAUGAAUCAUGAGCUUUCGCGGAACUGAUUUCCCUAGAAAUUUGAUUCUGUUGUUGAUCCAAUUUCUCUGGAAAAGUCACAUCACUGGUCCGAGAGCAUAGUCUAGCAUGUAAGUGAGACAAUUUUCCGAAGCGUUUGCUCUAAUAACAACCUCAAAGUCAGGUUGGUUAUACGAUAACCUUCGGAAAGUAUCAGAAUGCAGCAAGGAGCUCGAACGUUUGAUUGCGGAUAAGAUGAUCGGUCAUCUAUUACCCUUCAUCCACAUCUCAUCUCAGUCAGUGUGUACCGCCAGCACAGGAUUGAUGAAGUUCCAAGCGUUAUGGCAAAGGGAAAAGCAUGGAUGGACUAGGAACCUGGCGGUGCACUAAUUCCCAGACUUUGCAUCUCAUCGGGUGAGAUCCUUGGAACAGAAUCAUAUCUCGAGAAGGAAUUGAUGGCAGCCUUUAAUACUCACGAUAGUCUUGAGGCUUAUUAUGAGUUGGCUAGAUUUCGAUUCACUCACAACAUUACGCCGCUCCAAGUCAUCGAAAGACAUCUACUUGGUUCAGGUGGUAUACCGCUUCUUUUCUACAACUCCUUUCGCGCCCUAGUCUGA